AUGGGUUAUUAUGUUCCUAUGAAGGUUGAUUCAACAUCAUCUUGGUUUGAAGUUUUACGCGAAAUUUUUGGUCGUUUAGCUGAAACAUCUGCUGAUACUCGUCUAGCUUCAUUUUAUGAACGUACUGCUCGUGUUAGAUGUUUGGGUAAUCCAGAACGUGAAGGUUCUCUGAGUAUUGUCGGAGCUAAAUAUUCACGUAUUCUUAAUGAUUAUUAUGAUAAAAAUUAUCCGGAAUUUGUAGCAUUACAUGUUAAAUGUAAAGAAAUUUUACAAGAAGAAGGAGAUCUUUCGGAUAUCGUACAACUUGUUGGUAGAGCAUCAUUAGCUGAAACAGAUAAAAUAACACUUGAAGUAUUACGAAUGAUAAAAGAUGAUUUUAUUCAAGAAAAUGGUUAUUCAUCAUAUGAUAAAUAUUAUUCAUUUUAUAAAUGUAUUGCAAUGCUUCGUAAUAUGAUUGCAUUUUAUGAUUUGGCUCGACAUGCUGUUGCGACAACAGUUUAA